AGAGAGAGAGAAAAAGAGAGAACGACCGGCCCCUGAAAGCGUCGAGAAGCAGCAUAACCGAGCGCGAGAGUCUGGUCCAGCGCGCACGUAAAUCGAGCUCAUUCCGUGUUCGAGAAGCAUAAAAUCUUCUCGAAAGAUUUUCUUGCAAUAGUUUUUUUCCGGCGGGAUCGAUCCGAUCGGAAGUUGAGAACGCUCUAAAGCGGAGAAUCCGGCAAUCGGGAGAAGACAUACGGUGCUGCAAAACUAUCACGCGACUAUCGUUCGGAUCAUCUCCGUCCAUGUGAUCUACUACACUCUCGUCCCUGCUGCUGCUCUCGACGUCUCGUUGGCUUCGUCGCGUGCGAAGUUCACAGACAUAUCGCGCCCAGAGGAACAUCGAGGAGCACAUACACGUCCUAUGUAAAUACAUAAGACGUAAGGACGUCCCCACAACGAAGAGGCGAGACAAGCACGGAAACAAUGGGAACUAGAGCCGUUGCCGUUGCAGCGGCGGCAGGUGCUGUUGGGAUGACUGGCGAAGCGGGAUUGGCUGGUGUGCCGAGACUACUGGAGGAUCUGGCGCGGCUCUCCGAGGAUAAGGACUCAGCUGAUAUCGUGUUUCUCCUAGGAAGGGACGAGACCCCGGUCUAUGCUCACAGAAUUAUACUUCAAGCCAGAUGCAAGAAUUUCACAGCCGCCAAGAGGAUUGGCACCGCCGGGAAUCCGACACCGGUGCGAAUGCCGCACGCUCAUCCGGAAACGUUUCGCCAGUUUAUUCGCUACAUCUACACCGGUAUGAUAAUAUUGCAAGAUAGCGGAAUUUUCGAAAUGCUGGGAUUGGCCCAGGAACUUGGCAUCGAGGAACUUUGGAGAAGUUGCGAGGAGCACGUAUCCACUACUUUAAGUCCUGGGAACGCGUGUGCGCUUUUAACAGCCGCUUUGGAAGCUCAAGAACGAGUUCCAGGUGGAAAAGCAGCAUGUUCUUCUUUUAUUGAGAAAUGUUUUACCUUCAUUGGUGAGAAUGCUGUGGAUACAGUGAAAACAACAGCAUUCUGUAAUCUUCCAAAAGAUGCCCUAAUCAAAUUGAUAUCAUCCGAUUAUCUCGGAUUAGAAGAAGAGGAGGUAUGGCGAGCAGUUCUCAAUUGGGCUAAAUAUCAGGCAGGAGUGACGCAGCCUACUCAGCACUGGACUGAAGAGGAGCGCAUGAGAGUGUGCCAGCAUUUGUCCGGUGUGAUAAAUCAUGUACGACUGUUGUUGAUCGACAGCCAGGUGUUCGCGGAGGAAGUGGAGCCGACGGGGGCUGUGCCGAUAGAGAUGUCGUUGGAGAGGUACGAAUUUUUCAGUCCCGAUCGAUCGAGCGGCUCAAAAUUUUUAAGGUAUAGGUAUGCAGCUCUGCCGAACAAGUAUUCCGAGAUAUGCUCCGACAAGCGGCUCCAGCCGCGAGUAAGUCCAUUUCUUUUCCCGGGCUCGCAGAUUCUCAGGGACAAGGUUGGUUUCCAACGGCUCCUGAAUCAGUGGUACGGCGUGUCCAAACAAACUUGGCGCUUGGUCUAUCGGGCUUCUACUCAUGGUUAUUCCGCUGCAUCUUUUCAUCGACACUGUGAUAACAUCUGCCCAACAUACGUAAUAGUGCUGGGAGUACGCGGUGAAAUAUGCGGAGGGUUCAGUGACGUUCCAUGGGGCAAAACCAAUUCUAAAGCGCAAUAUAUCGCUUCGGACAAGAGUUUUCUUUUCACGUUGACGAACAAUCAAGACGUGCCGCCGACGAAAUUUGAUAUUAUAAAAAAAUCAUUCGCAAUCUGCUACCAUCCAGACAUAGGACCUAUUUUUGGCGCCGGAGCCGAUCUGCUUAUAUCGAGCAAUUGCAACGUCAACAAGGAAAGCUACAGCAAUCUUCCUCACAGUUACGAUGGAGAUCACGCUUCGAGUCAACUGCUUAUGGGCGAUUAUCACUUUUCAGUGGUUGACUAUGAAGUAUUCACUCCUAGCCACCCUGCUCCUAAAUCCAAUCAUUGAAGCAAACUUGCAAAACUUUUUGCAAUGAUACAUCAUUUUUGUUGUAGUAAGUUCUCACGUAAGUGUUAUUAUAUGUUAUUUUUUCUCUCAUGAUAUAUAUUAUAUU